AUGUCUACAAACGAUGCUUUGUCUGCAAUUUUUAGUCAUCCUUCCAAGAAAGCAUUAAAUCCAUAUUCAUCAAUCGUAUCUCGUAAUACACAAAAUAACCAAACUAAUGCACACAAGUUAGAUGACACAAUCGAAGAUGUGGUAGAGAAAAUUCCAAAUAGAGUAGGUACCAGAGAAUAUUCUGAUUCUUUAUCAAGUGACGAUACAAACAUUACCGAUGUGCUACAAUACAAGUCGAUAUGGGAAAAAUUCCAUCAUGAAUAUAUCGUGCUAGAUAAGGAAACUUUAGAUGUAUCAUUGAAAGACUCAUUCCUUUAUAAUCGAGAUUUGAAACCAGUUGAAGCUGAAAGAAGAGUUUGGAGUUGGUAUAACUAUAUAUACUUUUGGUUAGCAGAUUGUUUCAAUAUCAAUACAUGGCAAGUUGCUGCCACAGGUCUUCAGUUGGGUUUAAAUUGGUGGCAAUGUUGGCUAACCGUUUGGAUUGGAUAUUUUUUCGCUGCUCUAUUUGUUGUAUUAAAUUCUAGAAUCGGCACUGCUUAUCAUUUAUCUUUUCCCAUUUCAGUUAGGGCUUCAUUCGGCAUCUUUUUUUCUAUAUGGCCAAUCAUCAAUCGUGUUGUCAUGGCUAUUGUCUGGUAUGCGGUACAAGCUUGGUUAGGAGCUACUCCAGUAUCUUUAAUGUUAAAAGCAAUUUUUGGAAACAAUUUGGAGGAAAGAAUACCAAAUCAUUUUGGAUCUCCAAAUGCUACUACCUAUGACUUCAUGUGCUUUUUUAUUUUUUGGGUUGUUAGUGUUCCAUUUGUAUUAGUUGCACCCCAUAAAAUUAGACAUCUGUUCACAAUAAAGGCUUGCCUUAUCCCAUUUGCUGCUUUUGGUUUCCUAAUCUGGGCGUUGAAAAAAGCAAAUGGCAAUAUUGCGUUAGGUACUUUGAACGGGUCUACUCCACAUGGUUCUGAAUUUUCAUGGGUAUUUGUCAGAUCACUUAUGGCAUGUAUUGCAAAUUUUGCAGCUCUAAUUAUUAAUGCUCCAGAUUUCGCAAGAUUUGCCAGAACACCAGAAUCAUCAUUAUGGACUCAAUUAGUUGCUAUCCCACUUUUCUUCGCCAUCACAUGCCUCAUUGGUAUUAUUGUUACAGCUGCUGGCUAUGAGCUAUAUGGUAUCAAUUAUUGGUCACCACUAGAUGUUCUUAACCAGUUCUUGGAUACCACUUACACCAGCGGUACGAGAGCAGGUGUAUUCCUAAUUGCAUUUGUCUUUGCAUUGGCUCAAUUAGGAACCAAUAUAUCUGCUAACUCAUUAUCUUGUGGUACUGAUAUGACUGCUAUAUUUCCAAGGUACAUAAAUAUUAGACGUGGUGCUCUGUUCUGUGUUUGUAUGGCACUUUGUAUUUGUCCAUGGAAUUUCUUUGCCAGUUCAAGUAAGUUUACGAGUGCCUUGAGUGCUUAUGCUGUUUUCUUAUCAAGUAUUGCUGGGAUCAUUUGUGGCGAUUAUUAUGUUGUUAGAAGAGGUUACAUCAAGUUGAAUCACUUAUUUCUGUCACAGAGAGGGUCAUAUUAUAUGUUUGGAAAUAAAUUUGGUAUUAAUUGGAGAGCUCUGGUAGCAUAUUUAUGUGGAGUUGCUCCAAAUUUACCUGGUUUUAUUGGUGAUGUCGGAGCUCCAACAGUUACUGUAUCUGAGGGUGCCAUGAGAAUAUACUACCUAAGUUAUCCAGUCGGGUUCAUGGUAAGUUGCCUGAUAUACGUAACAUUGUGUUAUUUCUUUCCUGUAGCUGGGACGCCUGUCAAAAAUAUAUUAAGGGAUAAAGGGUGGUACCAGACUUGGGCUUUCGUCGAAGAUUUUGAGGAAGAGUGGAGAAAGGAUCUCAAUAAACCAAAUCUUUAUGAUGACACUAUGAGCCUCGAGAAUUAUAGUAAUACCAUUUUGUAA